AUGCCAAGAAAAAGAAAAGGAGUACCACAAAAAGUGGAUGAGAAGAAACGAAAGUGUCUGACUUGGAAUAUGCAUGAAGAGUAUUGUCAUGGCAACCACAGUGAUUCACAGCAUGUUGCUAUGCCCAUGGAACAACACAUGGUUUCAUUGGGUGAAACUGUUGAUAACAUCAGGCAAACUGAAUCCAAGAACCAAUCAAAUGUGCCAAUAGAAAGCUCUGAAUAUUCCAUCAGCCAAUCAGUGUACAGAGAUAUUUAUGAUGCAUCUGAUUACAGCCUGAAUAUUCGGUCACCUGCAAAAGACGGCGUUUGGAGUUGCAUACUCGGAAAAUUACUGCUCAAAUUAUCUCAAACAUCGGAUGAAAAACUGAACCAAAAUAUCACACCAAAGUUGCCUGAUUCUGAUAAUUUUUUUCUAUUUGUCAACAAAGAAAAGAAUUCACACUAUCUUGUAUACAGUUGCCAUGACAACAACAACGAAAACAUUGGCUCAGGGGUUAUUCAUACAUGUUUUAAUGUUGAAAUUGACAUACCUAAAUUAUCUUAUCUGGAUGAUUUGGAGUAUUUACACAGUUUAAACUCAGGAAAAUUAUUAAAAAUUGAAAAAAGUACAUAUAAUGAAGAGAAUGGUGAACUGGAGUUAAAUGUCUGUCUGUACAAAGCAGGUGUGGUUGAAUUGAAGUAUCCAUCUCAACCUGGCAGUUACAGUCGUAGAUAUUAUCGAUAUUUACAGCGAAUUAUGGAAUGGUUUUAUGGAUUCCCAGUUUUUGAUAUUAGUGGUAGCAAAGGUAAGAGUCAAGAUAUAAAUGUGUUUUUUGAUUAUGUUUGGGAUUAUCAUGAGAAAGAGACAAGGCUGUGUGAUACCUAUCCACAACAUCCAAACCUACUUCCUACCUUGAGACCUUACCAGUCUAAAGCAGUUCUGUGGAUGUUGCAAAAAGAGCAUUAUGGGAAAGAAGACACUUGUGAACAAGAUGAUGUCCAUCCACUGUGGCGUAUGUUUCAAAGCAAGGAUAACAAGAAAUUAUAUUACAACAUUUACAAUGCAGAAAUUGUUAAAGAUAAACCUUUGGUUGUUGGUGAAAAACCAGGAGGCAUUCUGGCUGAUGAAAUGGGACUGGGUAAAACAGUAGAAGUGUUGGCAUGUAUGUUGCUGCAUCCACGAACUGAUCUCAAAAAUGAAGAGAAAGAAGAUGAUGAUGAAUUUCAAAAUACAGAAGAAAAUGUUGCCGAGAAAGUUGAAUCAAAUAACCCAAACUUCUACAGUGAAAACACUGAAUCCAUGAACCAACAACAAUCAAGAAAUGAAAAUGAAGGUCAUCGACUUCGCCAUGCUAAGCGAUACAUGGCCAUACCAACUCCUCUCAUAGCAGUGGAAUGGUGGAGAAUAUGUCUGGAUGAAGCACAAAUGGUUGAGUCUGCUACUACAAAGGCGGCUGAGAUGGCUUUAAAACUGAGUGCUAUCAAUAGAUGGUGUGUUACAGGGACACCUAUACAAAAAGGAAUAGAAGAUAUGUAUGGCUUAUUGCUGUUUCUUGGUGUUGAUCCAUACUGGGUGAGACAUUGGUGGCAUCGGUUGCUAUAUCAACCAUAUGUACAUGGUAAUUUCACACCAAUAAAUGAAGUAGUUGCCAAAGUUUUGUGGCGAACGGCAAAGAAAGAUGUUCUAGAUCAGAUAAAUAUUCCAGCACAGACUCAGAAGACACAUUGGCUGAAGUUCUCUCCCGUGGAAGACUAUUUCUAUCAAAGAAAACAUCAAGAUUGUUCUAAAGAUGUGAUUAGAGUAAUGAACAAAUGGCCUCAAGAUCCUGAUACUAAGCUGAAUAAAUUGGACAGAGAUGUUGUUCAUGCUAUGAUGUUACCGUUGUUAAAGCUGCGUCAAGCUUGUUGCCAUCCACAAGCAGUUCGUGGAGAAUUCUUACCAAUACGUAAGACAAUGAUGACAAUGGAGGAAUUACUGCAGUCCUUGAUUCAGAAAAUCAAAAUAGAAUGUGAAGACGCACAUCGUCAGCUUAUAUGCGCUCUGAAUGGUAUAGCAGCAUUACAUAUCAUUAAAGAUGAACAUGUGGAGGCUGUUGGCAAAUACCGUGAUGUUCUAAGAUCUAUUGAGGAACAUAAGGAACAACUGAAAACAGAUUCAAUCCAAAGAUUACAUACAGUGUACAACCUACAUCAAAUAUUAAAACAGAACCAUCCCAAUGUUGGACAUACACUUAGAGAAAGUAAACUGGAAGAUGAGGCAGAAGAAAUCCGUACAAAUUACAUGGCAAAGACCAUCGCCCUGGUCAGCCAAUCACAAGAACAUUUAAUCCCAAUUCAAAACAAGAUUGCUGAGUUGAAAAACCAGAUUACUGGUAGCCAUUGGUGGAUUGAUGCUACAGAAUGGUGCAUAUUUAAUUCUACUGACCCAGAAUUAAUGGAUAAAAUUAAAGAUGCAUUUUUGCCAAAACCGCAAGACGACAGUAUUAGUUUUAAAUUUCGCACCGUAAGAGGUUUACAGUUUGUUCUGACUUCAGAAUUAGAGAAAUUACAAGCUUCUCAUGAUGUGGUUUUGGAUAAAUUGAAUUUGUUAAGAUGUGAUCUAACAAAAGAAGUGUUGAAUUCAGCAAUAGAUUGCCAUCUACGACCAUAUAAGGGAAAAAUCAAACAUGAAUUUAGCAGUUUCGACAAAGCUUUUCUGGCAAUUUUUUGUGCUGAAAUUGUAGGCCACUUGCAAGACAUCUUUGCUCGAAAAGAAAUUAUUAUUGAAAAAGAUGGUGAAGAUGUCCAACUGACAGGUCAUGGUAGUAGGACCAAGGGAUCAUGGGCUCCCAGUGAACUUGAAAAAGUAUUAAAGAUCCUGCUUGGUUUUGUAAAACAAUCUCUGAGUUCACAGGUCAGUUUGGUGCAGGAUGGAAGUGUACACAUGGAACUCUUUGAGAAUAUGAAAAAAGAAUUUAAGUGUUUACGUGCAGUACUUGUGGUGUUAUGUGAUCGUGUUGCGGCCGUAGAUGAAUUAGAGAUGGCAACAAUGCGGCUACGACUACGACUACCGGGUGAACAGUACGAUCCUGAUACUCAACCAUACAUUAUAGAACAAACUGAGUUCAUCACCUGUCCUAUAUGUGACAGACGGCUUGGUGACCAGUGGUGUGUUCUGUGCUGUGGUCAUUGUUUCUGCAAUGAUUGUAUGUCCAUUCUUAUAAAACAGUACAGAAUCAAUAUAAAGUGUGCAAUAUGCCGAGAAAAGACGCCACUUACCGGUAUCUCAUAUGUCACUACCAGUCCUGACAAUCAUUUAGAUGAAGAAGACAAGUUAAUUUCUGUCAAGGGAAGUUAUUCUUCUAAAGUUGAAGCAAUUGUGAGGACAUUGAAAAGAAUUGAACAACAGGAACAAGGUGCCAAAUCACUUGUCUUUUCUACUUGGCAGGUAGUUUUAGAUGUUGUUGCCAUGGCACUAAAAGAUAAUGAUUUGGAAUACCGGUAUAUUGUCAAUGCAGGACAUAGACAUUUCCAGUCAAACUUGUCAGAUUUCAAGUAUGAUGAUACAGUGAACACAUUAUUGUUACCUGUUCAUUGCGGUAGUCAUGGUUUGAACAUUGUAGAAGCCACUCAUGUCUUUCUCAUUGAACCACUGAUCAAUCCUGCCAGUGAAGUACAAGCCAUUGGAAGAGUGCAUCGGAUUGGUCAAACUAAACCUACUGUGGUUCAUCAUUUUCUGGUGAAGGACACUAUUGAGGAACGAAUACAUACCAUGCUGAAACCAUUGCAUUCAAGGUAUAUUUGCACUAACACCUAUCAAAUCUAUGGUUUGACCAUUGUCAGUGUCCAGCUUCAACUUGUUAUGUAA